GUUUGCAGUCGGCUGGAGGGCGAGGCGUGCGGCGUCUACACCCCGCGCUGCGGCCAGGGGCUGCGCUGCUAUCCCCACCCGGGUUCCGAGCUGCCCCUGCAGGCGCUGGUUAUGGGCGAGGGCACUUGUGAGAAGCGCCGGGACGCCGAGUAUGGCGCCAGCCCGGAGCAGGUUGCAGACAAUGGCGAUGACCACUCGGAAGGAGGCCUGGUGGAGAACCACGUGGACAGCACCAUGAACAUGUUGGGCGGGGGAGGCAGUGCAGGCCGGAAGCCCCUCAAGUCGGGUAUGAAGGAGCUGGCUGUGUUCCGGGAGAAGGUCACUGAGCAGCACCGGCAGAUGGGCAAGGGUGGCAAACAUCACCUCGGCCUGGAGGAGCCCAAGAAGCUGCGACCGCCCCCUGCGAGGACUCCCUGCCAGCAGGAACUGGACCAGGUCCUGGAGCGGAUCUCCACCAUGCGCCUUCCGGAUGAGCGGGGCCCUCUGGAGCACCUCUACUCCCUGCACAUCCCCAACUGUGACAAGCAUGGCCUGUACAACCUCAAACAGUGCAAGAUGUCUCUGAACGGGCAGCGUGGGGAGUGCUGGUGUGUGAACCCCAACACCGGGAAGCUGAUCCAGGGAGCCCCCACCAUCCGGGGGGACCCUGAGUGUCAUCUCUUCUACAAUGAGCAGCAGGAGGCCCGCGGGGUGCACACCCAGCGGAUGCAGUAGAUCGCUGCCAGCCGGUGCCUGGCGCCCCCGCCCCCACCCCUCUCCAACACCGGCAGAAAACGGAGAGUGCUUGGGUGGUGGGUGCUGGAGGAUUUUCCAGUUCUGACACACGUAUUUAUAUUUGGAAAGAGACCAGCACCGAGCUCGGCACCUCCCCGGCCUCUCUCUUCCCAGCUGCAGAUGCCACACCUGCUCCUUCUUGCUUUCCCCGGGGGAGGAAGGGGGUUGUGGUGGGGGAGCUGCUGGGGUACAGGUUUGGGGAGGGGGAAGAGAAAUUUUUAUUUUUGAACCCCUGUGUCCCUUUUGCAUAAGAUUAAAGGAAGGAAAAGUAAA